AUGGCUAGUCUGCGCAGCGAGCCGCUCUUCGUCCAAGAUGACGAGUUCGACGACGACGACGACGAUCUGAGAUCAAGGAGGUCGACUAUGCCGCCCAGAGGCGGGACAGCCAUCGAAGCCAUUGAUGUCACUGAAGACGACGAUGAUGUUCAGGAGAUCCCAGCGACGCAGGCGACCGCUGCUCCCACCCAACCUCAGCAGCCUCCAGUACAGACACCACAGCAGGAACCUAUCAAUCUCGAAGCAGAUGAAGGUCCACAACGCGAACGCUACUACCUCCCCAUCUUCAAGAAAUCGCACUACAAAGACGAAGUCUUCAACCGCCUGCGCAAGACAUACGCCGCAAUCUUCAGACGUCAGGCAGGUCUCGCCAUGCCCAACAGCCGGCUCAAACAACGCCUCGAAGACAUCGCCGGAACAGUGCCCUCCAAGCUAAUCGGUUACGUUAUCGACAGAGACGCUAAAGCGUGGGUGCAGGAGCUCAGAAACCAGAAGAGAGCUCUGCAUGGCGAGCUGCAGCAGUUGGAGACCUUCCGGGAGGCAUUGCAGCGGCCGGCGUACCAGACAGCUUUGGGGAGGGCUGUGGUUAGGGACGUGCAGGCCAAGGUGGAUAAGAUUGAGGAGGAUUUGAAGUUGAGGGAGAAUUUGGUGGAGGAGAUGAAGAUCUUUGCGAAGAUGAAUUGA